UAUAUCGUCAGUAGCUAAUGGAGGAAAAGAAGGGAGAACUGCGUGUCGUAAAGAGGGCGCAGAGAGAAGGGCAGCGGCGGACGGCAGCGGUGAGGAGGAAGGUGAGGAGGCUGCGGAGGCUGGUGCCGGGAGGGAGGGAGUUGCAGCCGGAGCAGCUGUUCUUGCAGACCGCGGAGUACAUAUACAGGUUGAGGUUGCAAGUGCAUGUCCUCAGAGCUAUCUCCGAUCUGUACCCGCCGUCGCCGUGAUUGAUUGAGUAUUAUUGAUCUCCAGUUCGUGUAAUUGCUUCAGUAUAGAAAUUAAAUAUGAUAGAUCUAUAUGCUGGAUACGUUUCUGCUAGCUCUAUGCUCCUAGUUGAAAAUUUUAGUUAAGAAUUGAAUGUUUCAGUCGGUCUUGCUUGUUC